AGUUUCAUAUUGUGAAAUAAGAGAAGCCAUUUACUAGUACUAUCAUAUUGCGUGCAUUGAAAUACUGUUUGCAGGAUGUUCUAUCCUUGUUUGUAUGGCUAUAUAUAGAGGUUGUGAUCACGCAAAUGCACAAUACAAAUAUUAAACAAUGGCGGAUAAGAAAGGAGAAAUAGUCUGUGUCACCGGCGCUAGCGGCUUCAUUGGCUCUUGGAUCGUCCACCUUCUUCUCCGCCGUGGCUACACCGUCCGCGCCACCAUCAAAGAUCUAGCAGACGAGAGAGAAACGAAGCACUUGGAAGCCAUGGAAGGAGCUGAUUCCCGACUUCGCCUCUUCCAAAUUGAUCUGCUUGAAUAUGGCUCCAUUGCUGCUGCAAUCAGCAGUGCCGCCGGCGUCUUCCAUGUCGCUUCCCCUAGUACCAUCGAUCAAGUCGACGAUCCUCAGCGGAAGCUGCUGGACCCUGCAAUUAAGGGGACCCUGAAUGUGCUGCGGGCGGCCAAAAAUCUGGGCGUUGGGCGCGUGGUCAUCACGUCUUCUAUAUCUUCCAUGAGUACAAGUGCAAGCCCUAGCAGUUUGGCAGAUUUGAGUGAAGAUUCAUGGGUUGACGAGGACUAUUGCCGCCAAAAUGGGCUUUGGUAUCCUCUGUCGAAAGCACUUGCUGAAAAGGCUGCAUGGAAAUUUGGCAAGGAAAAUGGUGUGGAUUUGGUUGUGGUGAAUCCAGGAAUGGUGGUCGGUCCGAUACUCCCCCCAGCUUUAAAUUUGAGCAUGCAAUUGAUGGUUCGCACACUUGAGGGUUGUGAUUUUGGAAGAUUCUUGAUGGCAUCAUUAGUACAUGUGAAAGAUGUGGCUCUUGCUCACAUAUUGUUGUAUGAGAAUAGAUCAGCAGCCGGGAGGCAUCUGUGUGUUGAAUCUUUAUCACGUUACCAUGAAUUUGCCCAACAGAUGGAGAGACACUACCCUCAAUACAAGCUGCCCAGGUCUAGUGAAGAAAAACACCAUGGAUCAGUGGGGAGCCAGGCUGCAUUGAAGAAAUUGAUCGAUCUGGGUUUGAAAUAUACUCCCAUGGAGCAGAUUGUCAAGGAUGCGAUUGAAAGUUUGAGGAGCAAAGGAUAUCUUUCGUGAAAAAGUGUAGAAUGCGUGGACUAUAUGUGCCAGAGCUUGCACAUGACAUGCUCAAGGCACACGAGGAAAAAAGAAGAAAAGAGAGCUUGAGGGGCAACACAACAGACAUUCCAGAGAGCACCGCGACAGUGGACGAAGAGAACACGAAUGAUGAGAAGGAGCAAGAGUUAACGGCAGAGGAUGAAGCAACACCCGACCCAGCGAGCAGGCUGGGGAACAAGACAACGUGGAUAAGCCGGCCACAGAAGAACAUCAAACCUCCGGAGAAAUAUCACGACUUCCUCACCAAAUAGAAGUAGCAAACUAUUUUAGUAAUAUUUCCAUGUUUAUUUAUUUUUGUAUUUUUGGAACUAUUUUAAUUCUUUGUUGAGUCGGGCCUAAAUUAUUAGCCCCGUUCGGGUUUUC